AUGGCAAAUGAUAAGGGAUCUCCCAUGACAAGCUCUUGGAAAAUUAAAGAAGAAUUUCAUAUAGAUAAAGAUUUGGGCUUCAUUCUGCAAAAUCCACUGGAGGUCCUGCCUGAUAAGUACUCUCCCUGGAUUUCCAUUGCUCAGAACAUACCAGACCUGAUUAGCUCUGGCAAGUUGCGUGCAGAAGUUGAAAAGUUGCCACAGCUCAGCAUUGAUGAUCUCCAGGAGCACAAAGCACAGCGCCUUGCACAUCUGGCGCUGGGGUACAUUACUAUGGCUUAUGUGUGGGACCAAGGGCAAGAUGUCCGUAAGGUUCUACCUUGUAAUAUUGCUAUCCCUUAUUGUGGACUCUCUGAGAUCCUGGGGCUACCUCCUAUUCUGGUUUAUGCAGACUGUGUCUUGGCAAACUGGAAGAAAAUCGAAUCUGAUGGACCCAUGAUCUAUGAGAACAUGGACAUUUUGUUCUCAUUUCCUGGUGGGGACACUGGCAAAGGAUUCUUCCUAGUAUCUCUGCUGGUGGAAAUGGAAGCUGCUUCUGCAAUCAAAGAAAUUCCCAUUAUAUUUAAUGCAAUAGAAAAUCAGGACCAGGAUACUUUAAGAGAAUCCUUGAAUAAGAUAACUUAUUGUCUCCAAAAUGCCCUUGAAGUGUUUGAUCAGAUGCACAAACAUGUGGACCCAAAUUUAUUUUUCAAUGUUCUUCGUAUUUACCUGUCAGGUUGGAAAGGCAACCCCAAGCUGUCAGAAGGUCUGCUGUAUGAAGGAGUCUGGGACAAUCCCAAACAGUUUGCAGGGGGGAGUGCAGCCCAAAGCAGCAUCUUUCAGUGCUUUGAUGUCCUGCUGGGCAUCCAGCACAGUGCUGGUGGAGAAUCUGCUUUUGAAUUUCUCCAGGAGAUGAGAACAUACAUGCCACCAGCGCACAGACGUUUUCUUCUGUCCUUGGAGGAAGGCCCCUCAGUCCGAGACUUUGUCAGUUCAAUGGGUGACAGUGAACUGAAGGCUGCUUAUAAUGAGUGUGUGAAACUUUUGGUCUCCCUGAGGCACUACCACUUGAAAAUAGUACAUAAGUAUAUUAUAAGUCCAGCAAAACAGCAGCAAUUGCUUAAACAAAAAUCUGAAAAUCCAUCAGAACCAAAAAAUAAAGGAACUGGGGGUACUGAUGUAAUGGAUUUCCUAACAACUGUGAAAAAAACAACUGAGAAAUUUCUUUUGAAUGAAUACUAA